AUUGGCAUGGUAGCAUGGCGGAUGACUCUCCGAACCCCUGAGUACCCGGCCGGCCGUGAGAUUAUUGUGAUCAGCAAUGACAUCACACAUAAGAUUGGCUCCUUCGGGCCGCAGGAGGAUGUGCUGUUCCAGCAGGCUUCAGAGAUGGCGCGAGAAAGCGGCAUCCCAAGAAUCUAUAUCGCUGCCAACAGCGGAGCCCGGAUUGGCCUGGCAGAGGAGAUCAGACACAUGUUCCAUGUGGCCUGGCAGGAUCCAGCAGACCCGUACAAGGGCUUUAAGUACCUGUACCUCACACCUCAGGACUAUAAGAAGGUGUCUGCUCUGAACUCAGUCCACUGUGAACAUGUGGAAGACGAGGGUGAAUCCAGGUAUAAGAUCACUGAUAUCAUUGGUAAAGACGAGGGGUUGGGUGUGGAGAACUUGAGAGGUUCUGGCAUGAUCGCGGGUGAAUCUUCACUGGCGUAUGAAGAUAUCAUCACCAUGAACCUGGUAACAUGCAGAGCCAUUGGAAUUGGAGCAUAUCUCGUGAGACUGGGCCAAAGAACCAUACAGGUGGAGAACUCUCACAUCAUCCUGACUGGAGCUGGAGCUCUCAAUAAGGUUCUGGGUCGCGAAGUGUACACCUCCAAUAACCAGCUGGGUGGAGUACAGAUCAUGCACAAUAAUGGAGUCACACACACCACUGUGUGCGAUGAUUUUGAGGGAGUGUUUACACUACUGCUCUGGGUAUCUUACAUGCCGAAGAAUAAGUUGAGUCCUGUGCCAAUGCUCAGUGCUAAAGAUCCCAUCGAUCGGCCAGUGGAGUUUGUUCCUACCAAGGCACCUUAUGACCCACGCUGGAUGUUAGCAGGACGUCCCAGUCAGAGCACUAAGGGUGCAUGGGUGAGCGGGUUCUUUGACCACGGCUCUUUUCUGGAGAUCAUGCAGCCGUGGGCACAGAGUGUAAUCGUAGGACGGGCCAGGUUGGGCGGGAUCCCGACUGGAGUAGUUGCAGUGGAAACCCGAUCAGUGGAGCUGUGUAUCCCAGCAGACCCAGCCAAUUUGGACUCAGAAGCCAAGAUCAUCCAACAAGCAGGGCAAGUGUGGUUCCCUGACUCUGCUUUUAAGACAGCACAGGCCAUUAAAGACUUCAACAGGGAGGGGCUUCCACUCAUGGUGUUUGCCAACUGGAGGGGCUUCUCUGGAGGGAUGAAAGACAUGUAUGACCAGGUGCUGAAGUUUGGAGCAUAUAUAGUAGAUGGGCUGAGAGAAUACAGACAGCCAGUGCUGGUGUACAUCCCUCCACAAGCAGAGCUCAGGGGAGGAUCGUGGGUCGUUAUAGACCCCACCAUCAACCCUCGCCACAUGGAGAUGUAUGCGGAUAAGGAAAGCCGUGGUGGUGUGCUGGAGCCUGAAGGCACCGUGGAGAUCAAGUUCCGUAAAAAAGACCUGGUGAAGACCAUGAGACGGGUGGAUCCUAUAUACAUGGGGCUUGCAGAAAGACUGGGCACCCCAGAGUUGAGUGUGUCUGAGCGUAAAGAGCUGGAGAAUAAACUGAAAGAGAGAGAAGAGUUCCUGCUGCCAAUAUAUCAUCAAGUAGCCGUGCAGUUUGCCGACCUUCAUGACACACCGGGCCGCAUGCAGGAGAAAGGAGUCAUCACUGAUGUCCUGGAGUGGCAGACAUCUCGACUGUUCUUCUAUUGGCGCUUGCGGCGGUUAUUGCUGGAGGACACGGUUAAGAGGAAGAUCCAGUGUGCUAACAGUGAGCUGACAGACGGGCAGGUUCAGGCCAUGCUCCGCCGCUGGUUCGUGGAAGCAGAGGGAACGGUGAAAGCUUAUCUGUGGGACAGCAAUGAGGAUGUUGUGGAUUGGUUGGAGAGGCAGCUGGCAGAAGAAGAGGGUGCCAGAUCUCUCAUCGAUGAGAAUAUCAAAUAUAUCCGUAGGGAUCACAUCCUCAAACAGAUCCGCAGCCUGGUUCAAGCUAACCCUGAAGUGGCCAUGGACUCCAUUGUUCACAUGACUCAGCACAUUUCCCCCACGCAGCGUGCUGAGGUGGUCCGAAUCCUAUCUACCAUGGACGCCCCUGCAUCAUCAUAGACCCCUGUUUACACAAUCAUCUCAGAGGCAUGAUGUUACUGGAAACUGGAACUUGAGGAGCCAACAUGGCGGUGCUGUGAUGUUAUGUGACAACAUUGUUGGCUAUGAUUCUAAAAGAAUGCUAUAACAGAGAUACUCAGUGUCAGUACCUAUGAAUGCACAUAAAUGCGGACCUUUAGAAACACUAAAAAUGUUCUAGUGUUGUUUUUAUGGUUUUGCAAUCUAGUCAAGUGCACUUUGAGACUUAGAUGGAACAAAGCCCAAUUGUAGAAACAAGCUUCCCAAAGCUGCUGUUAGAUGAUCUUACUCAUUUUUUUUUUUUUUUUUUUUUUAAAGGCAGAAGAUUAAUAUUUAAGAGAGAACUUUGCAACUUAAAAAUCAACUUUAAACACUCACCUACAACUGUCAGGUGAUAACACAAGUCCACACUGAGAGUUAAGCGGUCACAUCCUGCAUUCGGUAGUGAUGUACCUGUAUUUUGUUGCAUCACGCUAUCGCUCUGUAGACGUGGUAUUAUUCAGAUGCAGGAUGGUUGAUUGAGCCGUAUGACCAGACCAGAUUAUGACUGCGCUUGAUUCAUUCCCUUGUGGCUUAACCAAAAAAAGGUUAUUUUUAGUUGUUUUUUUGUUGUUGUUGUUUGUCUAUCCACUGGUAUUGACUUAUGACAUCUAUUUUUUUUUUUUAGCAUAGAUAAUUAAAUGCUGAGAAGACAUUGAUAACUUAAACUUGUCUAAUUGAUCUAAGUGCUGCACACUGUAAUUCAACAUGGUACACUGUAAAGUAAGUGUGUAACUAGAACAUGAUUAUUACAACAUAUAUUCUGGAAUUACAAGAGUGCAGUGCAGAAAUAUAUUAUAUGAAAACAUAUGAGGUGGCAGAGGAUACUUAAGCAAAGUGAAUGUAGUAUUAUGCACAAUCUACACUGAGGAUCUAAAAAAACAUUACGUAUGCCAGUGUCUCAUGAUGGUUGUCUCCACUACUGAAGAAAAAAAGACUGCCACUCUAAUGCUAGCACUACUAUUUGAUUCGAUGAAAGGUGAACAUUGUGACAUGCUGUCACCCUAACAGUUGGUGGAAUGUCUCAUGUGUCUAGAAGUGUUGCGAAACAUGUUACUGAAGAGAUCAAAAGCUGUCUCCAUUGUCAAAAUUGAGGAUUUCCUGUUUACUGUGUUUGCCUCUAAAAAAAAAUAACUGAAUAAACUCAAAUUCUUAUGUUAAA